AUGGUGACAAAAAGCAAACUGAAGAUGGCCUUGGCCGCCGAAAAGGGAAUUGACUUUUCAAAGUUGAAGCAGCAGAAAAAGAGCAAGGAAGCAGCCAAACGAAAGGCUAGCAAAGAGCAAAACGGCGAGGAUGAGAGUGAUCUGGAUCAACCAGGCGAAACCGCCGAAGACAAUGAGAUGAACCUUGACGCCAUUUACGAGAGCGAUACUUCGGAAUCCUCAAUUGAACUUGAAAAGAAACUCCCCAGAAAACCAAAGACCACUACUCAAACGCUUGCAUCAGAUGUUGCAGAUGAAGUGGAGGAGGAGGAGGAGGAUGAUGAUGAUGAGGAAAUCCCUGUUUCCGACCUUGAAGAUCUCGAGGAAGAGGAAAAAGAGGACAUUGUCCCCCAUACCCGACUGACCAUCAAUAACACAUCUGCUCUUCUGGCAGCGCUCGAGAGAAUAUCAAUUCCAACAGACAAGAGUGCUCCAUUUGCAUCCCACCAGUCUAUCGUCUCCGCUACAGAAACUUCUGAAUCCAUACCCGACGUAUCAGAUGAUCUGCAGCGUGAACUUGCCUUUUAUUCUCAAUGCCUGGAAGCCGUGCGACUGGGCCGAUCUCGACUAAUUAGUGAAGGAGUGCCAUUUUCUCGUCCGAAAGACUACUUCGCUGAAAUGGUCAAAGAAGAUGCCCAUAUGGAAAAGAUCAAGGCAAAGCUGGUAGAGGAGGCGUCUGCUAAGAAAGCAGCGGCUGAAGCACGCAAACUUCGAGACUUGAAAAAGUUUGGCAAACAGGUGCAAGUCUCCAAGCUCCAAGAACGACAGAAGGCCAAGCGUGAGGUCUUGGACAAGAUUAAGACGCUGAAGCGAAAACGCCAAGAGCAUAGCUCUGAUGUGGGUACAAAAGAGGCCGACAUCUUUGAUGUUAGCGUCGACAAUGAAAUCGCCAAGCAUUCGCAGCGCUCUGGAUCUACUCGACAACAGUCAGGAGCUCGUGCUCCGAACGCAAAGCGUCAGAAGAAGAACGAGAAAUAUGGGUUUGGAGGGAAAAAGCGACAUGCAAAGUCAGGAGAUGCCGUCAGCUCUGGUGAUCUCUCUAGGUUUAAUGUGAAGAGAAUGAAAUCCAAGGCCGCAAGGCCCGGUAAGAGUAGGAGAAAGGCCGCCGCUCUCAAAUAA